AUGUUUUUCAUCAAAGAGCUUACACAUACGAUUCUCAUGCAUCCAUCGUACUUUGGACCGAGAAUGCUUGAGAUAAUAGAGGCAAAGCUACAUUCGGACGUCCAAGGAACGUGCACUGGUCAAUAUGGGUUCAUUAUUGCUGUUUUGGAGAUUAUAGACGUUGGUCCUGGCAUCGUACUGCCCGGAAACGGCCAAGCAGAGUUCAAAACACGCUACAAAGCGAUCGUGUUCAAGCCUUUCAAAGGCGAGGUACUCGAUGGAGUCGUCACAAAUGUACUUCGUGCUGGAUUCUUCGUGGAAGUGGGUCCUCUACGAUGCUUUGUGUCACAACAGUUGGUUCAUCCGGAUAUGCGGUUUGACGCAAACGCGGCUGUACCAUCGUUUUCAUCUCAAGAUCAGGCACGUAUUCUUUUCAUUUUCAUUUCGUUUCUUCAUACUGGUUCAGGUGAUAGAAAAAGACACCAAGGUCCGGCUAAAAGUAGUUGGGACCCGAGUCGACCAAACGGAAAUCGUAAGAAGAUUGAUCUUUCCUUAGCCCCCAUAUCUCACACAUUCGCCUUUGGACCCUCCCACUUCAUGCAUGUCUAUGCCUUGAGUCUUAGAGUAACAAGACCAGCCAAGAGACACCUCCCUCUGUCUAUAUUCGAUAAAUUAGAACACGAGCCAUCCUUAAACACUCGCGAGUUCAAAGCGCCGUCAGCAGCGCUCGGUAAGACUGCCAAAGAUCACCGCUUUGGCCCCAUUCGAGUUGACUGGGUGGACUUUGAGAAUAAGGAAAUGGAAAAUGGCGCCGAUUUGGGCAAGGGCCCUGCCACCGCUUCAUUUACCGCGACGAGCGAGACCAAGUCUGGAGGAACGUUGAUAUCCGAAGGAAUUGUUCAUCUGUAUCGCACGGAUCCCAGUGCAAGCGUCGUGGAUGACUACAUAGAGGACGAUACUGUCCUUGCUGUUCUCGCAAUUCCCGCAUGGAUGACCAUAUCGGAUUUCCUGACGUUUAUUUCUCCGGCGAUUGACGGAUUUAUGCAUCUACGGAUUGUUCGAGACGCUAUGCCGUCUAGGGCUAUCGCACUAAUCAAGUUCAGGACGUCGCAAUAUGCGAACGACUUUCGAGAAGAGUUCAACGGCAAGUUUUUCAAUUCGAUGGAGCCAGAGACUUGUCAUGUAGUCAAGGUUUCCUCUAUCAAGAUAGAAACACCAGAUCUAGUCACUGGUCAAUUCCCUCCAAUACCGGGAAGUGCGACGGAGUUACCCACCUGCCCUGUCUGCUUGGAGAGGAUGGACACUGCCGUCACUGGACUGGUGACGGUUCCGUGCUCACAUACAUUUCAUUGUCAAUGUCUGAGCAAGUGGGAGAAUUCCCGUUGUCCAAUAUGUCGAUACUCUCAAACGGCUAUUCUCUCUGGAUCACAGCCUUCCAAUCGCGGACGAGCCGCUUCCUCUGCCAAUGCCAAUCUAUUAACGUCGUGCAUGGAAUGCUCGGCGACAAGCAACCUGUGGAUAUGCCUCAUAUGCGGCAAUGUUGGUUGUGGACGCUAUGGUCGUGCACAUGCGCAUGCCCAUUAUCAAGUUACGACGCACUUGUAUGCAUUGGAGCUCGAAACUCAAAGGGUUUGGGACUAUGCAGGGGAUGCAUAUGUGCAUCGUCUCAUCCAAAAUCGUGCAGAUGGAAAGCUCGUUGAACUCCCUUCGGCCUCUAUCACGUCUGGAAGUAGCGGCCUCGACACAUCACGAGGGCUAGGACCGGGCCCUGCAGACACAAUGGCUGCAGAAAAGGUCGAGGCGAUUGGCAUCGAGUACUCAUAUCUCCUGACGUCGCAACUCGACUCACAGCGAGCAUACUACGAGGAGCAACUCGAGUCAAUGCGUACGCAACUUGCGAGUGCAUAUAACAAGAUUGAUCUCCGGUCCCAAGAAAUGGAGGUUGUCGACAAACAGCGGCAACUUGCAGAGAAGAAGCUGCGGGAUGAAAUGGAGAAGCGAGAAGCCGAAGCAGCAAAGGAGCGAAUGAAGAUAGAGAAAAAGGCGGAAAAGGCUCUCGAAUUGGCGCGCAAGUUUGAAAAGGAGCUUCGCGAGGAGAAGAUGGUCAACGAGGGCUUGCUGCAAAAUCUGGCUGCGGUCAAGUCGAAGAGCGAGGCUUUUGAAAAGGAAAAAGCCGAGUUUCUCGGUCGUAUCACGGAGCUGGAGGAUCAGAUGCGGGAUCUAAUGUUCUACCUGGAGACGCGGGACAAGGCGGACCAGGACGGUGGCGAACUUGCUGGAGGCAGCGUAGAACUCGUGACACAGCCAAAGGCGUCGAGUAUGAAGAAGAAGAAGAGAAAGCUGACACGACAAAACCCAUCGCCUUCUGCGAGCAUCUCCAACUCUCCGCUCUCGGUGUACAGCCAGCGUCGAUUGGCUUCCAGGCGAACCCUCACCCUUGAGUCUGACCACUUUAUAUGUGUACGCGAAAAGGUUGGGGAGCAAAACCAGGUCGUUAUCGUCGACCUCGCCGAUGCCAACAAUGUUAUUCGAAGACCCAUUACCGCGGACUCUGCUAUAAUGCAUCCCAAGGAGAAGAUCAUUGCCCUCAAAGCUCAGAGGCAGCUCCAAAUAUUCAACAUCGAGACCAAGACAAAGGUCAAAUCUCACGUAAACGCUGAGGACGUGAUCUUCUGGAAGUGGAUUUCCAACACCACCAUUGGCCUCGUCACAGAGACUGCGGUCUACCACUGGACCAUCUCGGACACCACUUCCGCGCCUCAAAAGGUUUUUGAUCGCCAUGCUUCCCUCGCUGGAGCCCAAAUCAUCAACUACCGCGCUACCACUGACGAAAAGUGGCUCGUGCUCGUCGGUAUCGCGGGCAACACCACAAACCCGGCCGCAUUCAAAAUCAAGGGAUCUAUUCAGCUCUUCUCUCGUGAAAGAAACGUCAGUCAGGCCAUCGAGGGACAUGCUGCGGCGUUUGCAGAGGUCACUUUGGACGGUGCCCCUGCACCUACGAGUCUGUUCACGUUCUCUGUGCGAACCGCGGCUGGCGCCAAGCUUCACAUUGUUGAAAUCGAUCAUAAUCCUGCAAACCCAGUCUUCACCAAAAAGGCCGUCGACGUCUUUUUCCCUCCCGAGGCCGUCAACGAUUUUCCAGUUGCUAUGCAAGUCUCGAAAACGCACGGAAUCGUCUAUUUGGUCACAAAGUACGGUUUCAUCCACUUGUACGACGUCGAGUCUGGUGCCUGCGUCUACAUGAACCGUAUCUCUGGUGAAACCAUCUUUGUAACCGCAGAACAUGAGGCUACUGGCGGCAUCAUUGGUGUCAACAAGAAGGGUCAGGUGUUGAGUGUCAGCGUCGACGAGCAAACCGUUGUCCCGUACAUUCUCUCAGUCCUGAACAACACUGAGCUUGCCUUCAAGAUGGCCAGCCGUGCCAACCUUCCUGGUGCUGAUGAUCUCUACAUCCAGAGAUAUCAACAGUUGCUUGCCAGCGGUCAGUAUGGAGAAGCUGCCAAGGUUGCUGCGUCGUCUCCUCGGGGGAUCCUUCGUACAGUUGCAACCAUCGAACAGUUCAAGCAAGCUCCAGCUGUCCCUGGAGGUCUUUCGCCAAUCCUCCAGUACUUUGGCAUUCUGUUGGAGAAGGGCGGCUUGAACAAGCACGAAUCUCUCGAACUCGCCAGACCCGUGCUUCAGCAAGGCCGUAAACAGCUCCUCGAGAAGUGGCUUAAGGAGAACAAGUUGGAGUGCAGUGAAGAGCUCGGAGAUAUCGUCCGCAUGCACGAUAUGACUCUUGCUCUCAGCGUGUAUCUCCGUGCCAAUGUUCCAGGCAAGGUCGUCGCCUGCUUCGCCGAAACUGGUCAGACCGACAAGAUUCUUCUUUAUGCCAAGAAGGUUGGGUACCAUCCUGAUUAUGCUGUCAUCCUGCAGCAUGUUAUGCGAUCCAAUCCGGACAAGGGUGCAGAGUUUGCAACCCAGUUGGUCAACGACGAGUCCGGACCUCUUGUUGACAUUGAGCGAGUUGUGGAUAUUUUCAUGUCCCAGAACCUCGUUCCUGCGGCGACAUCGUUCCUCCUCGAUGCUCUCAAGGAUAACAAGCCCGAACAAGGUCAUCUCCAGACCCGAUUACUCGAGAUGAACUUGAUGAACGCCCCUCAAGUUGCAGAUGCCAUCCUCGGAAAUGAAAUGUUCACUUACUUUGACCGCCCGAGGAUCGCCAAUCUUUGCGAGAAAGCAAAUCUUUUGCAAAGGGCAUUGGAGCUCUAUGAUGAUCUCGCCGACAUCAAGCGUGUCAUCGUUCACACUCAGCUCCUCAACGCCGACUGGCUGGUCAACUUUUUCAGCAAGCUUACCGUCGAAAACUCGAUGGCUUGCUUGCAUGAAAUGCUCCGCGUCAACAAGCAACAGAACCUCGCUGUUGUCGUUCAAAUCGCCACUAAAUACUCCGAUGUCCUUGGCGCGCCGCAACUCAUUGAAAUGUUCGAGUCCUUCAAGAGCUCCGACGGUCUGUACUACUUCCUUGGCCAAAUUGUCAACGUGUCGCAGGAUCCAGAGGUGCACUUCAAGUAUAUCCAAGCCGCUACUCGUACCGGCAUGAUUCGCGAAGUUGAGCGUAUCUGUCGCGAAAGUGACUAUUACAACCCGGAGAAGGUCAAGAACUUCCUCAAGGAGGCCAAUCUCUCGGACCAACUUCCCCUUAUCAUCGUCUGCGAUCGUUUCGACUUUGUUCACGAUUUGGUCCUUUACCUCUACCAAAAAGGACUCACGUCGGCCAUUGAAGUCUAUGUUCAGCGGGUCAACUCUGCGCGCGCACCACAGGUCAUUGGCGGUUUGUUGGACGUCGACUGCGAUGAACAAACGAUUAAGAAUCUUCUCAUGUCCAUCACUGGUGUCUUCCGUGUCGAGGAGCUUGUUGAACAGGUUGAAGCCCGCAACCGUCUCAAGUUGAUUCUGCCAUGGUUGGAGGCCAAGAUUCAUGGAGGUAGCCAGGAUCCUGCCUUGUACAACGCCAUGGCAAAGAUCUUCAUUGAGAGCAACAAUAAUCCUGAGAAGUUCCUCAAGGAGAACAACCUGUACGAGCCACUUGUUGUCGGCAAAUACUGCGAGAAGCGCGACCCCUACUUGGCCUAUAUUGCCUAUGCCAAAGGCUUGUGCGACGACGAGUUGAUUUCUAUUACCAAUGACAAUUCGAUGUACAAGCAACAAGCACGAUACCUCGUCAAGAGACGUAGAGAGGACCUUUGGGCUCAAGUUCUCGUUCCUGAGAACGUCCAUCGUCGUCAGCUGAUCGACCAAGUAGUGUCGACCGCCGUUCCCGAGAGCACGGAUGCGGAUGAUGUGGCCGUCACCGUAAAGGCGUUCCGUGCGGCCGACCUUCCGAUCGAGUUGAUUGAGCUUCUCGAGAAGAUUAUUCUGGAGCCUUCUCCUUUCAGCGAGAACAAGAAUCUCCAAAACUUGCUUUUCCUCACCGCGAUUCUGUCCGACCGUGGAAAGGUUAUCGGCUAUAUCCAGAAGCUCAAUGCGUACGACUACGCCGAGAUUGCCAAAAUUGCUACCGAGCACGGUCUGUAUGAGGAAGCGUUUUCCAUCUACAAGAAGUACAACCAAGACGCUCUCGCCAUCGACAUCCUUGUCGACAAGAUUGUCAGCAUCGACCGUGGACUCGAAUAUGCGAACAAGUUGGGCAAGCCAGAAGUUUGGAGCCGAUUGGCGAAGGCACAACUUGAUGGUCUUCGAGUCAAAGACGCCAUUGACUCCUAUAUAAAGGCACAAGACCCAUCGAAUUAUGCAGAGGUCAUUGAGAUUGCCAGUCGGGCAGGCAAGCACGAAGACCUCGUCCGAUACUUGCAAAUGGCACGCAAGACGCUUCGCGAGCCAAAAGUCGACACGGAGCUCGCAUACGCCUAUGCAAAGACAGAUCGUCUCCACGAUAUGGAAGACUUCUUGUCGAUGACAAAUGUUGCGGACAUUCUGGAAGUUGGAGAAAAAUGCUUCAACGACCAGCUUUACCAGGCAGCACGACUAUUGUUCAGCAGUAUCUCCAACUGGGCACGCCUGGCAACCACACUCAUCUAUCUCGGUGAGAAUCAGGCUGCCGUAGAGAGUGCGAGGAAAGCAGGAAAUACCCAGGUUUGGAAACAGGUUCACGGAGCUUGUUUGGAGAAGGAAGAGUUCAGCCUUGCGAGAAUUUGUGGUCUCAACAUCAUCGUCCAUGCGGAAGAGCUUGGGAAGAUCCUCAAAGACUACGAAUGGAAGGGCUACUUCUCUGAAGCUAUCAGUCUCUUGGAAGCUGGUUUGAGCCUGGAACGCGCUCAUAUGGGUAUCUUCACCGAACUUUCUAUCCUCUACAGCAAAUACCGACCGGAGAAGUUGAUGGAGCAUUUGAAGCUUUUCGUGUCCCGUAUCAAUAUUCCAAAGGUGAUCAAGGCUACAGAGCAAGCUCAUCUCUGGUCGGAGCUUGUUUUCUUGUACGUCAAGUACGACGAGUUUGACAAUGCGGCUCUUGCCAUGAUGGAGCGUUCGCCAGACGCCUGGGAGCAUAAUCAGUUCAAGGAAAUCAUUGUCAAGGUUUCGAACGUUGAAAUCUACUACAAGGCCCUCUCGUUCUACAUGCAGGAGCAACCAACUUUGCUCACUGACCUCCUCACCGUCCUUGUCCCACGAAUUGACCAUGCCCGCGUAAUCAAGUACUUCCAACGAAACGACAAUAUCCCUUUGAUCCGACCAUACCUUAUUGCUGUCCAACACCUCAAUCUCUCUGCCAUUAACGAAGCCUAUAAUUCCCUCUUGAUCGAGGAAGAGGACUAUAUGACGCUGCGCGACUCUAUUGAUGGAUUCGACAAUUUUGAUGCCAUGAAGCUUGCGAAGCAGCUUGAGGGCCAUGAACUACUCGAGUUCAGGAGACUGGCCGCCCAUCUCUACAAGAAAAACUCUCGAUGGGAAGAGUCGAUCACACUGUCGAAGCAAGACCAACUCUUCAGGGAUGCGAUUGUCACGGCUGCUGCAUCCGGUUCCACCGAAGUUGCCGAAGACCUACUAAACUACUUCGUUCAUAUCGGUAACAAGGAGUGCUUUGCCAGCAUGCUCUACGUUUGCUUCGAUCUCUUGCGACCAGAUGUCAUCGCCGAGCUGUCGUGGCAACACGGCUUGAAUGAUUUCUACACGCCGUACAAUAUCCAGGUUCAACGCUCAACGGCUGACAAGCUCAAGUCACUGGAGUCGCAACUAAAGGAUCUCAUGACAAAGGCUAUCAAGAAGGAGGAGAGCGAGGAUGCCCCCGUUAUCAAUCCAGGAUUAAUGACACGACCAAUGAUCACAGCUGGCCCUGGGAUGAUGGGCGGUGCGCCAUCGAUGUAUGUCAACGGCAACGGUGUCCCGCCUCAGUUCACUGGCUACGGCGGUUACUAG